UAUCCGCACUUUCUGAUACCCGAAUGACACUGACGAAGGCCAUGUUAAAGUGUUUAUAAAAAUAACAGUUCGAUUUUCGCGUACGAGAACGUUACUUUAAAAUGCUAAAAUGAUUUAUGGCCAAAAAUUGGUGAAAUUCGUAGUUUUCCAAAUCUUGGUGACCACGACUUAUUACACUAAUGGAUACGACUGCAGAACUGGAGUAGCAGGCAACUCUUCAGAAAAUCUCAGAUGUCGGCUAUUUUCAAAUUAUUCAUCUACCCUGAAGGAUGAUAGUUUGAACGAUUACUUUCAAAUAUUCGACUUGAAGAUUUUUUACGCUGAUAUAGAUGUUUCAGGGAUAUUCCAGCUGAUUGGAGACGUAAAAGCGAUCUGGGAAGACGACCAAUUAACCUGGAAACCAAUCGAAUAUAAUAACACAUAUUCCCUGGAUAUUCGGAAUAACUAUCAGCAAAUAUGGAAACCGGAGUUCACAUUGAUCAACUACGUAUUUCGUGAGAAUAACCCCUUAUUUAAUUCUGGAGACUAUUCCAUCACAGUAUGGCAUAACGGAACAGUAACAUACUGCGCGAGAUCCGUCAGCAUUCAAGCAAGAUGCCCUAUCAUUAUAAAAAAUAGACCAUGGUUUAAUCAUACUUGUCAGCUUGAUGUUAAAACCAACCCUGUAGAUAUCUUAUUCAACAUUCAUAAUCAAACUGAAUCUUCACCCCAUCAGCUUUGCAACAAUUCAGCGCCUAGUUUAAAUUCAAGUAUCGAAUCACCAUGGAUAGUUCAAGACUAUAAGAAGGUACUGAAAGAUAGCACCUAUGGAUCGAACUCGUAUGAUUUAAUAUCGAUUAUCAUCGAACUGCGCAGAAAUAUUGACGUUUAUAACUCCACACAAUGCAUCUCAUACCCAAGCAGCAAACGUGAUGAAGCGCACUGUUAUUUGUUUUCAAACCCUAGUUUGCGUUUACCUCCUUCUGAAGCUAUUUUACCCACAGCGAGAAUACAGAUUACAUACGUUGAUUUUAAUAUCGAAGAUGGAAUACUUCUAUUAAAUGGAAGACUAUAUUGGUAUUGGGUAGAUGAACGAGUGGACUGGGUACCUAAGAAACUUAUAAAACUUAGAUAUGAGCUUGACGUCGUUCGUGAUUCAGUAUGGAAGCCGAGCUUAACAUUACACAAUGAGUUAUUUCAAGAAGAGUAUCUUCUCAACAACGAAUCUUUUAGUAGAGGCGUGUUCACGUUGACACAGUUCGGGGGCAUUGUCUUAUGGUGGAGGAGAAUGAGUUCACACAUAAGAUGUGACAUCAAAUAUAAUAGUUGGCCAUGGGAUCCUCAAAAGUGUGCCCUUAAUUUCACAUUCGAUACACCAUCUAUGCACAUUGACUUGUCCAUGAUUGAUGAAGAAAUUCAAAAACGAAGAGAAGCGAAGUCACUAUGGACCAUCACCAACGUGAAGAAAGAAAUCAAUUUUCCCAACUUGAUUUUUGAAAUAACUUUUGAAUUGAAGAACCAUUCGUCACAUGUUGUAUUGUGUCUUACAUUUAUAGCUCUAAGUGUGCUGACGCUGACAUCAUUCUUGAUUUCGCCAAUGAGUACGAUUAAACUCGCAUCGAAAAUAACCUCUUUACUACUUCUUGUAAUUUUUAUCACGAUGAUGAUGAAUUCGAUUCCGAAUUUCGCUGUAAGAGCUCCUAAUUUCUUGAUCGGAUUCGUCGUAUUAUUAUUAACGGUGGGAAUAUCCAGCUGUAUUACUGCCUACAUAGUUCAAUUAGCAAUAAAAUCCCAAUCGUAUCAUCCAUCACUGAUCAUGAAAUCUACGAAUUCGGAUGAAAACAAAUCCUUUAACGACGCGGUAGAGGCAACAGUAUCUGAGGACAUUACCCAAACUGAGGAUGAAUACGUGUCUGAAGACUCACUAUCGAAAAAAACUCAAGACGAAUGGUUGAAAAUAGCAUCAUUUAUUGAAUAUUCAUCAUUUGCGAUCAGUUUGAUAGUUGCUCUAAUCCUAACCAUGAGUUUAAUAAUCUGAAUUUAUCUUCUACGAAGGAUUCGAAACACAAUCAAUACACAAUACACAUUGUACAUAAUUCAUUAUUUUUAUAAGUUCAUAUUCUUUCAUUCGAGAAAAUCUCAAAAAGAUUGGUUGCAUAAACAGCCUCAGUUAUUGAUUAAUGAAUAUUCAUCAUUUGGUUUUAGUUUGAUUGUUGCUAUAAUUCUAGUCAUAAGUUUAAUGAUUUGAAUCUUUCCUUCGCCCUCUCUCUUCUGCUAUACCUAAUUACCUACCUAUGUAAUUCAUCAAUAGCAUACACAAGCCCAUGAUCAAGCAAUAAAAUGUACUCAACUUAAAAAAAUAAAAAAAAUCACCCAAAACAGCACA